AUUGCUCACUGUCCCUGGGGUUUCCCGCUGAGGUGGGGAACAUGAAGGUGUCUUACCAGCCGCGCAGGGCUUCUGCCCGCCCCCUGGAGAGUCCCUUUUCGUGGGGCUUCCUGGGGGUCCUUCUGCUGGCCCUAGAGCUCCUGCUCCCCAUGUGCUCAGAUGCCUGUGGUGACCCACCAAGAUACCAAUCGAUGAAAACCAAGAGUGGUACUAACCCCCCUUUUAGUGCUGGGAACAAAAUAGAAUAUGAGUGUCGCCUAGGAUACAAGCGUAUUGUUCCUGCUCUUCCUGUCACUGCUGUUUGUCAGGCUGAUGGCACAUGGGCACCUGCUCUCCAGGAGGCUUGUACAAAAAAGACAUGUCAACAGGUAGGAGAACCCGUAAAUGGUGACGUAGUCUACGCAAAUGGAACUAUGGAGUUUGGUGCACAAGCUCACUUUAAAUGUAAUGAGGGUUAUUACUUACUUGGACCAAAAAUUCUACAUUGUGAACUCACUGGAAAUAAUGUGGAAUGGAGUGAUAAUCCACCAGCCUGUGAAAAGGUUUUGUGUAAACCACCUCCAAAAAUACUAAAUGGAGAAUUCAGCAAUAGCCACAAGGUUGUAUUUGAAUAUAAUGAAAUAACAACUUACAGUUGUAAACCUUCCGGUGGACCAGAUGAAUAUUCACUUGUUGGAGAGAGCAAGCUUGUUUGUGUUGGGCGUGACAAAUGGAGUAGUGAACCUCCUGAGUGUAAAGUGGUCAAAUGUGACUAUCCAGUACUCCAGAAUGGAAGAGUGGUGUCCGGAUUUGGAAAAAAAUUUCUGUACAAAGCAGAGAUUACAUUCGAAUGCCUUGCGGGAUUUCACCUUGAAGGCAGCAGCACUAUUGUCUGUGGAGCUGACAAUACUUGGAAGCCUAAGAUCCCAAAAUGUAUUAAAGGGACAACACCCAAAACUUCCAGUACAAAACGCACAACUUCCAGUUCCUCAGGUGUCAAGCCUACUGUUUCAACCACAUCUACUAGUACAACUAAACGUCAACCAGGACAUUCCACUUCCAAUGAUGAAAUACCAGUUAGAGAAAGUGAUUUAGAUGGAGGACUCAUUGCUGUGAUUGUUCUGACUGUACUUCUUGCUAUUGCAGUGAUUGGAACCUGUUUGUAUAAAUUUCUUCGAGUCAGGAAAAGACAGUAAAUAAAACAUGUUUCUUCAA